AUAUUCUCCGGCGCAAUCGGUUCUCCGAAAGGGAAAGGUGUAGGCUAUGCGCUGAUUAAAGCGACGCCCACUUCUUUCUCUUGGUCGGCAGCGUUGGAGGACAUUGAAGAGCCUGCUACGCCCAUUCUUCGAUACCUGGUAAAAAUUGACAGGCGCUCAAAAGAGAUCUCGCCUCCAGAACCCAUCGUUCUCUCCGAAACAGAGCUUGCCGAGGCAAUUUUAGCAGCAACAGGCCAACAUUUGGCCUCCUCGACGAGAUUCACAGAUGGCGCGCUGAGUAUUUCGUACAAGGUCGCUGUUCAAGAGAGUCAAGACGUCACAUACGUUGUUCAGCUUCGCCACCACGGCCGUGUAGCAUCUAUGGAUGCGCUCAUGACCUUGAUUUCGAGGACGACUGACUCUCACAGCUUACCUGUGCCUCCUGUCUACCCAAUACCAGGAGAGAUGGAACGACAAGAGGCCACAGGCAUGGGCCGGCAAAUAACUCGGCUGAUACCAGGUGUUAUGGCAUCAUCGGUGUACCCUAGAUUAUCACACGAGAACAAGCUCAUCUUUGUGCGAAAUAUGGCCCUCGCAUUCCAAGCUUGCUGGACAGUCCAGCUUCCAGAGCAUCAUCUGAUCGGCGAGCUUACCGCCGAUGGAAUUGGUGGCCGAGUU